ACUGCCUGAAAUAGAGGCAGCACACAAGUUCAACGCCUUACUGAGCUCCUGAUUCACGUGCUUCAUAAAGAGAGUAAGACCAACCGGGACGGGGCUGCUGACAGGAUUAUUCACAGGAUUACCACAGAGUGCCGUGGGGAAGGUUUGUGGCAUUCUUAUUUUUGGUGGUCUGGCUCACUAGGGGCACGAAAUGCAGUCACCCCAGCAGGUGUGUCAAGGGAAGUCUCAGACUAGCCUGUGGUUGGGACAUCUCUGAUCUGACACGCUUCAUACGUAGACUAAACUGGACACACACACGUCGUUUGUUGUCUUUGGAGCAGCGCGGGAGUGUUUUAUGGUCUGUACCGUGAAGCCUUCUCGAGCGCAGAGAACAUUUAGCUGCUGCCUGUCGCCACGAGAUGCGCUGCGCUGCGCUGUAACGUGUUCGUGAGCGCAUGUGCUUAUUGCAGCCUUGCGUGAUAUCAGCAAUGUGAAGGCAGACUGUGAUGCAUGGCAUGUGCACAGUGUGCCGUAUUGCCCUUAUCGCGGGCUUGCAGGAAGCCUUACUCGUACGAGACGUUGGAGUAUCAGCUGCUCACCCCGUCUUUCCGCAGCAGGAGUGAGACGCGCGACGUCCCCAACGCCCAGCCGCGAGGACAAUGUCCGCGGAGGGCGCCAGCCGAUGCCGGGCCGAGCGCCGGAGGCUCUCCUGCGCGCUCACCGUCCUCACGCUGGCCGCCAUAACCUCGUCCUCGCUGUCGGCGCUAUCCCUGUACCGCGCGCUGGCGCUGCAGGCAGAGGUGGAGGUCCUGAGGACGGAGGUGAACCGCAGGAGGGAGGCGCAGGGCGGGGUGGCGGGCGGAGGCGUGGGAGAACCGCAGCGGGCGGCGGAGGAGGACCGGGAGGAUGCUGAGGUGAGGUGCGCCUGUGGGAGCGAGGCCGCGCGCCCUAGACGCGCUCGCUACGUCUGCAACGCCCGAGCGCUUCCCUUUAGACGUCGGCGAAGCGCAGCUCGGCCGCUCGAGAGGCUUCUUUCGGGGUUCUUUAGGGGUCCGUCUCGUCCGCAGACGCCGUGGUGGGCCCGCAGCGCGGCACCUCCCGAAGACCGCAGCGAGCCCAGCUUGAAGAAGAGGAGUCUGGGAAGGGAGCCGGCUCAAACAGUGUUCCAGCCUUGCUUGCAGAUGAUGGCGGACUCCAGGAGGAAACCCUAUCAGAAAGAGUUCGCCCUGGACGUGCACGUGGCCGUGCCGUGGCAGACGGGCCUGAAGCGCGGCACGGCCCUGGAAGGUGACCAGGACGACAUACUGGUCAGAGAGGAGGGCUACUACUUCAUCUACAGUCAGGUGUUUUACAAAGACCCCAAGUACGCCAUGGGCCACAUAGUGUUGCGCACAAAGCAGAACGUGGUGGGUGAUGAGAGCCAGCACGUCGUGCUGUUCCGCUGCGUCCAGAGCAUGAACGCCAAGGUUCCCUACAACACCUGCUUCACAGGAGGCAUCGUGAAACUGGAGUCUGGUGACCGGGUGGAGCUGCUCAUCCCUCGCUCCACGGCGAACAUCUCUCUGGAUGGGGACUCCACCUUCCUGGGGGCUGUCAAACUGGCGUGACCCGUCGGAGCGAGCCAGGGCCCCGAGACGGUGGCGGGGCCCAUAAACACGAGGGUCUUCCGUGCCGGCCCACUACAACAUUAGCACGCGGAACGGGACUGACGAUGGUUUCUGAGUCGUUUCCCGGGAGCAGGAAUGGCUGGAUUUGGAGGGGCUCAGCGGGAGUUGUAUAAGGCGUUUGGUUAGGGACGGAGCGACUGCUUCUUCACCGCCGGUUCCGGUCCAUACGGACGGGCAGAUGAGUGCGGCUCGGCUGGGUAAGCAGGCACCUGGAACGCUGUCGACAGGAAAAGCUGUGUGUGAGACUUCCGAGACCAGACUGAGCCCUGAGCCACUUCUGCCAGGCUUUGGAAACGUUUCUCGUGACAUGGCCUACUUACACUCUCUCUCAUCCCACCUGCAAACUUUCCGAUGGGUGAGAGGUUAUAACCCACCGUGGAGUACAUUCCUCAGAGCACGUCGUCACGCAGUUACUUUCCAGGAGGCGAUUUGAUUGCUGUAACUUGCUGUCGUUUGUUACGCUGUAAUGUGCAGGUUUUGUCAGCAGAGGGCAGCACCGGCACAUAAUGAAGCCACCGAACUUGUCUGUUUGAAACUGCCGAUUAUCGUUAAUGAAAAAUAGCAGCCAUUGCUUUUUACGCUCCAUUACACGCACAUUUUCAGCCUUUUUCAGUUGUGUGUGUGUGUGUGUAUAUAUAAUUACUGUAUUUUGUCAUUUGAAAUCAAUGCAAUAUACUUUGCAGCAAACACCACUGCAUAAUUCUUUCAAUACCAUAAAUCUAUUCUUUUCUUAUGUAAAGUCCUCAGCAAACAAUUGAA